AUCACGCCACUGCCUCCAGCCUUGAUGACAGAGUGAGACCCUGUCUCCAGAAAAAAAAAGAAGAAAAAGACAAGUUCUUAUAGCUUGUCCAAAGGGGAUGCCCAGCCUUCAUUCAUUCAAAACGUGUUUAUUGAGCACACACUCUGCAGACAUUAUUGAAGGCGCUGGGAUAGGAUACCACAUUGGAACAGAUAGAAACCCCUGUUAUCACGGUGCUGACAUCCUAGCAUGAGGAGACAAAGUGAGACAGAAAGCACACUGCUUAUAUAGUAGCGGUUCUUGGCGCUCCCCUGGGGUGACAUCGUGGCAAAGACCUGGAGGUGCAGGAGUGAGCUUUGUGAACAGUGUAGAGGAGGGCUUCAUAGGCCAGUGUCAGUCUGGCAUCCAGUGGGUUGAGGCCAGGGAUGCUGCCAAACACCCUACAGUGCACAGGACCGCCCUCAACAAAGAAUGGCCUGGCCCCAAAUCUCAGCACUGCUGAGGCUGAGCAUCACUGGUUGUAUAGUCCAUUAGAAGGUGAUCAACGCUGUGGGGAAAAAAAGAUGGCAGGAAAAGGGAACAGGGAGUUGGAAGGGAUUGGAGAUUUAAAUAGGGGUGUCAAGGAAGCUCUUGCAGAGGGGAUUUCAGCGAAGACUUGGAGGUGAAAAAGAGAGCAGUGCAGGUGGAAAGGGAGGGGCGGUUCUAGGCAGGUGCCCUGAGGUGGGAGCAGGCCUGUCUGGCCAGCCUGGGUGACCAGAGUGACCAGGGGCAGGUGGCCAGUGAGAACAGCAGGAGGACAAGUCAGGGAGGGGACAGGCUGAAGGCUGCGGGAAGUGGGCAGGCUUCAAGACCGGAGCUAUGGUGGUGUCUGAGCACAGGAAUGUAACGCCCUGCCCUCCCUGCUGAUGGGUUCGCUUCAGCUUGUGUGUUGGGAACAGAUGGGUGGGCAGGGCACCGGUGGAAACACGGAGAUCCAUGGGGAGGCUGUUGCAGCUACCUGGGAGAGAGACGGUGGUGCCACAGAUCAAGGUGGAGGGUUGGAGAAGUGGCCAGAUCCUGGAUAGUUCUGGCUGGAAGGAGAAUCUGCUGACAGAUGAUAGAGAGGAGGUGAGGAGCAUUUGGCCUGAGGAGGACAGUUGCCUUGUUCAGAAAUGAAGAAGCUAUGGGUGGAGUAGAAGUUGGGGGCAAAAAAGGAGCAAAAAAACCAUAGUUUGAUUUGGGGUACGUUAAGUUUGAGGGUCUGCAAGGUGUCAAAUGGCACAGUCUAGCAGGUGGCGUGGCAUUCAGAGGAUAGGUCUCAUAGAGCUCGGGGCCUGGAGUCAUUGUUCACAGACGGUGGAGUCCUGAGAGUGGGUAGGGGCUCCCAGGGAGAGAGGACAGACAGAAGAGGACCAAGGGGGGCCGAAGCCCUGGAUGCUUCCACAUGUAGAGGUCAGGGAGGUGAGAAGGAACCAGGCUGGGGCUAGGAUGGGGUGUCAGGUGAGGGAGGACAGCUAGGGAGUGAGGUAUCCUGGAGGCCAGGGGGAGGCAGGCCAUGGACCCAGUGACAAGUGAGCCAUUUUGGGCCAUGCGCCACCAAAGCCACGGUGGAGUGGGGGAACCAGUGUGGGACUGAAGGGGUUUGAGCUGGGAAGGAGUGAGUUGACACAAGCUGCUCUGCUGUGAAGGGAUGGAGAAAUGAGUUCGCAGAUGGAUGGGUAAGUGGUUUUUAAAGAUGGGAGACCCAGAUUGUUGGUUCUGUUGAUGGGAACCAUCCAGGAGAGGAGGAAAAGUGGAGGAUGUGGGUGGGAAGGCAGGGUCCACGAGCACCAGGUCAGGCAUGUGGGGAAGGAUAGCACAGGCUUUCUGGACCUCACACUGCUGACCUCGUGGAUGGGAUCGUUCUUGGCUAUAGUGUCGUCCCAUGAAUUGUAGGGUGUUGAGCAGCAUCUCUGGCUGCCACCCACUAGAUGCCAGGAGCACUUACCUCUCUGGUUAACAGACAACCCAAAUGCCUCCAGGCAGUGCCAGAUGUCCCCUGGGUAGGAGGCACAAUUUGUCCCAGUUGAGAACCACUGGUAUGGUGGUCAGAAUGUGAGAACCUUCGCUUCUGAUUGCUUUUAUUUUCACAGAGGCAUGAUCAAGGUUAGGAUUGCCUGCCAAAAACAGGAGGGGAGAGGAGGGGCUGGAGGUUUCAGGAGAAAGCUCCAUGGCAAGUAGUCACCUGGAGAGUGCACGGAUCAGAGAAGUGUAGUGUGUGAUGGUCGGCUCACACGAGGACAUGGCGCCGGCCUCUACUGCAGAGGGGACCGGGGAGAAGCCAGGCCCUGCGGCCCCAGCGGCCCAGUAUGAGUGCGGGGAGUGUGGCAAGUCAUUCCGGUGGUCGUCCCGGCUCCUGCAUCAUCAGCGCACGCACACAGGCGAGCGGCCCUACAAGUGCCCAGACUGCCCCAAGGCCUUCAAGGGCUCCUCGGCUCUGCUCUACCACCAGCGAGGCCACACAGGCGAGCGGCCCUACCAGUGCCCCGACUGCCCCAAGGCCUUCAAGCGCUCCUCCCUGCUGCAGAUCCACCGCAGUGUGCACACCGGCCUGCGGGCCUUCAUCUGCGGCCAGUGCGGCCUGGCCUUCAAGUGGUCGUCCCACUACCAGUACCACCUCAGACAGCAUACAGGCGAGCGGCCGUACCCGUGCCCAGACUGCCCCAAGGCCUUCAAGAACUCAUCCAGCCUGCGGCGCCACCGCCACGUGCACACCGGCGAGCGGCCCUACACCUGCGGCGUCUGCGGCAAGAGCUUCACGCAGAGCACCAACCUGCGGCAGCACCAGCGCGUGCACACGGGCGAGCGGCCCUUCCGCUGCCAGCUGUGCCCCAAGACCUUCACCCACUCCUCCAACCUGCUGCUGCACCAGCGCACCCACGGCGCCGCCCCCACUCCCGCCCCGGGCCCCGCCCCCACCCCGGGCACCGCCCCCGCGGCCCCGCACCCCCAGCCCCAGGAGCCCAGUGGCAGCAAGGUCUUCGUGUGCGACGCCUACCUGCAGCGGCACCUCCAGCCCCACAGCCCACCCGCGCCUCCCGCCCCGCCGCCCCCGCCGCCGCCUCCACCUGUGGUGCCCGAGCUCUUUUUGGCGGCGGCGGAGACCACGGUGGAGCUGGUGUACCGCUGCGAUGGCUGCGAGCAGGGAUUCAGCAGCGAGGAGCUGCUCGUGGAGCAUCAGCCGUGUCCCGGGCCCGAGGCGGUGCCCCAGCCCCAGGACGCACCAGUCGAGGCGCCCAACGCCGACCCGCCACCGUCCCCUCUGCCACAGCGCCCUCCAGCCGCCGCCGCCCCUGGUUUUGCCUGUCUGCCCUGCGGCAAGUCCUUCCGGACGGUGGCCGGGCUCUCCCGCCACCAGCACACCCACGGGGCUGCUGGCGGGCAGGCGUUCCGCUGCGGUAGCUGCGAUGGCUCAUUUCCGCAGCUGGCCAGCCUCCUGGCGCAUCAGCAGUGCCAUGUGGAAGAGGCGGCGGCCGGGCGGCCGCCCCCGCAGGCUGAGGCUGCUGAGGUCACCUGCCCCCAGGAACCGCUGGCGCCCGCCGCCCCAGCCCCGCUGCCACCCACGGCCGCCCCGGCUUCUGCAGAGCGGCCCUACAAGUGUGCCGAGUGCGGCAAGGCCUUCAAGGGCUCGUCGGGGCUGCGCUACCACCUGCGGGACCACACCGGCGAACGGCCCUACCAGUGCGGCGAGUGCGGCAAGGCCUUCAAACGCUCUUCCCUGCUGGCCAUCCACCAGCGCGUGCACACCGGCCUGCGGGCCUUCACCUGUGGCCAGUGCGGCCUCACCUUCAAAUGGUCGUCCCACUACCAGUACCACCUGCGGCUGCACUCAGGCGAGCGGCCCUACGCCUGCGGGGAAUGCGGCAAGGCCUUCCGCAACACAUCGUGCCUGCGGCGCCACCGCCACGUACACACCGGCGAGAGGCCCCACGCCUGUAGCGUCUGUGGCAAGAGCUUCGCACAGACCUCCAACCUGCGGCAGCACCAGCGUGUGCACACGGGCGAGCGGCCCUUCCGCUGCCCGCUCUGCCCUAAGACCUUCACCCACUCCUCCAACCUGCUCCUGCACCGGCGCACGCACUCUGCCGAGCGCCCCUUCACCUGCCCCAUCUGCGGUCGUGGCUUCGUUAUGGCCGCCUAUCUGCAGCGGCACCUGAGGACGCACGCCCCGGCCAACACGGCUCCCAGCACCACAGCCCCCGCCGCCGGUCCCCAGCCCCCUGCCCCGCUGGCCGCCGCCGCCGCGGCCCCGCCAGCCACCCAAGAUGUCCACGUCCUGCCCCACCUCCAGGCCACGCUCUCCCUCGAGGUGGCGGGGGGCACGGCCCAGGCCCCGACCUUGGGCCCAACGGCGCCCAACUCUCAGACGUUUCUCCUGGUACAGACUGCCCAGGGCCUCCAGCUGAUCCCCAGCAGCGUGCAGCCCCCUGCUCCUCCGCCCCCUCCCACACCGCCCAAGCUCAUCCUGCUGCCCUCCUCCAGUGCUGGGGCGGGGGGCGGCCGUGCAAGGCAGGGGCCACUGGCAGUGGGGAAGGCAGGUCAGGGAGCGGGAGUUGUCUGGCUGCCGGGCCCUGGGGGUCUGGGGGUGCAGGGAGCGGCCAGCGCUGGGGCCAGCGGGGGAGGGCAGAGCCUCAUCGUUUUGCAGAAUGUAGGGGGCGGGGAGGCAGGGCCACAGGAAAUGAGUGGGGUGCAACUCCAGCCCCUCCGGCCAGCCUCAGAAGUGACCACGGUCCAGCUCCAGCCGGCACAGGAAGUGACCACGGUCCAGCUCCAGCCGGCACAGGAAGUGACCACAGUCCAGCUCCAGCCGGCACAGGAAGUGACCACGGUCCAGCUCCAGCCGGUGGCCAGCCAGCUCUCCAAUUCCAGUGGAGGAGCUGAGGCGCCCAACCUGCUGGUGGUUCAGAGUGGGGCAGCUGAGGAGUUGCUCACAGGCCCGGGCUCCGGGGAGGCGGGGGAUGCUGAGGCCAGCACCGGUGUGGUCCAGGAUGUCCUCUUUGAGACACUGCAGACGGACGAGGGCUUGCAGAGCGUGCUGGUGCUGAGCGGGGCGGAUGGCGAGCAAACCAGGCUCUGCGUACAGGAGGUAGAAACCCUUGCCCCUGGGCUGACCGAGCCGCCGGCCACCGGCUCACCGGGACAGAAACUCCUCAUCAUCCGUAGCGCCCCGGCCACUGAGCUACUGGACAGCAGCAGCGCCGCAGGAGGCGCCGCCACGCUGCAGCUCCUGGCCCCACAGCCGUCCGGCCCAGCCUCGGCUCCCGCGGCGCUCCCCGCGGCUCCAGCCUCCCAGAUGGUACAAGUGGUCCCCGCGGGAGCUGGGACUGGUGUCAUGACCCCGCAGGGCCUGCCCUCCAUCCAGAUUGUGCAGACCCUACCCGCAGUCCAGCUAGUGCACACGUUUUGAGGAGAGCCAGUGGUUCUCCCGCCCUACACAGAGACCCCGACUCACUGCAGGUCUGGGCCGGGGCGGGGCGCGGCUGUGUGUUGCAGGCUGGGCUUGCUAAUAAAGACCCAAGUCUCCCCGCC